AUGGCGAAAGAUCCGAAUGAUUUGAAAAGCGAGCUGGAGGGGUGGAUUCGCAAAAAGAACGAGAUCGUCUCAUCAUUGAGUGCCCUCGAGCACCAGAUAUACAACUUCGAAGGAUCCUAUCUGGAAGACACUGCUGAGUACGGAAACGUCAUAAAAGGAUGGGGAAACUUUUCAAAUGCGCCGCCGCCGUCGAAGACGAAUCGAAUUGAGAAGAAGCUGAACAAACGAGGCGUCCGGGACGAGGACCGGCUGUUUUCGAAAAGUUCGACGACGUCACCGUACGGAAAGCAGCCGACGAACAACGGGAACGGAAGCGGGGAGUCGUCGUCUGGCCAUGACAACGGAUACGCGAAGGACGAGUCAGACAACAACGAAGAGGAUGACGCGGUAGGGCAGCUGACACGUGACUCGGUUCGGCCCCUUCCCCCUCCCACUUUCUCGGUUACCGUUAGAUUAUCGAUCUUUCUUGCAGGCAUCCAUCUCGAGUCGCGACUCAAAGCCGCCGGCCAAACGACGAAAGUAUUGA